AUGUGGGCUCCGAAAAGGUUGAACUUGGAUUGGGCUGAAGCUGCAAAUUUGAGGUUGACACAACUCAAUGAAAUGGAGGAAUUCCGUUUCCAUGCAUAUGAAAGUGCAGCUGUGUAUAAGGAAAAGAUGAAGUUCGUCCACGACAAGAAGAUCUUGAAAAGGGAGUUCAAGUCGGGGGACUUGGUCUUGGUCUUUAACUCCAGGCUCAAAUUGUUUCCGGGCAAGCUAAAAUCCAAAUGGUCCAUUCCGUUCAAAGUGGUAAACGUCUCUCCUUAUGGAGCUGUGGAACUGGCAUCGGAAGAUGGGUCCCGGACUUUCAAGACCGAAAUGCUACCGCAGAGUGACACAGACCACCAGUUAAGAGCCAUGCAUUUUGCGAUAUGGCUCCAAAGAAACACUCAGCCUCUGCAUAAAAAAGGGCUUCCUCCAGUCGCCAGGAAUCACAAGCAAAACGUUCACGGACGGAAGCAAAUGUGCCAAACCCCUCCCAGUCUGAAGAGGAGGAGGUCAGGCCCUCAGUUAAUUUAG